GUUUAAUUUAAUCAUUACAUGUUGUGUGUUAUUGUAAGCCAGAUAUUUUCAACGUUGCUCCACAGAAAUCCAAAUUGCUGUUUUUAUUUGGUUUGGUGAUAUAUAAGUACUAUGUAUAAAUCCUUAAAAUCGAGUUUUAAGUCAUUCCUUUUGAAAUUGAAGUUAAUAAAUUUUUUAACAACCCCGCCCCCUUGCAAGCACAAAAAGGAAAAAAUGGAGCUGGAUGUCUUGGUCUUUGGUUCCUCAAAUAUCGACUAUAUCACGUAUGUCAAUGAGCUGCCCAAAACUGGGGAGACUGUGUUUGCCAUGCACCGUGAACGUUGUUAUGGGGGCAAGGGCGCUAAUCAGUGUGUUGCAGCUGCCAAAUUAGGUGCCAAAUGUGCUCUAGUCUCCAAGCUGGGCGACGAUGAACUGGGCGUAGAAUACUUGGAAUAUUUGAAGAAUUUAGAAAUAAAUGUCGAUCACGUUGGAAUAGUCGAAGGCCAGUGCACGGGUCUGACUGAAAUCAAUGUCGCGGACAAUGCUCAAAACAUGAACAUUGUGCUAUCUGGCGCGAAUCUAUUACUAAAGGGCGCCGAUGCAACGAACGCCAAAAAAUUAUUCAAGAACUCCAAGGUGUUAAUUUGCCAACUAGAAACAGACGAGAAGGCUGUCCUCUAUGCGCUGCGUCAUUUCAAGGGCGUGUCCAUACUGAACGCCUCGCCUGCACACAAAAACAUGAAUGUGGAGCUAAUUAAAGCACCAACAAUUUUGUGCUGCAAUAGGUUAGAAGCGGCGCAGCUGACCAACCGUGAGCAGAUUGUCACAUUACAGGAAGCCAAGGCAGCAGCUACUGAUCUGGUUGAAAUGGGUGCGAAAAGCGUGAUCAUUACCAUGGGCGAUAUGGGCGCCGUUUACUUAUCUAGCAGUGAACCUGACUUGUGUACCCGGUGUCCGGCAGCACCUGUACGCUAUUUGGCAGAUACUUCGGGUGCGUCCGAUGCUUUUCUGGGUAGCUUAGCCUACCACAUAGCGAUCUAUCCAAAUUUGAUACGAGAGAGUCACAUUAUUGCUGCUAAUAUUUGUGCUGCCUAUGCUGUGGGCCAUCGUGGCACUCAACCCAGUUUCCCAGGCCCGGACCUGUUUCAGGAGCGUCUAUGCCAGUUCGAUCCAUUAUACUAUAUUAUUGAUGAUGAUACAGUAGAGCCUGUGUCAACGGUUGAAGCAGCACCAGUGGCUGCGGCAGAGGUAAGGACAGACCCAGAGUCAGUGAAAGAGCCAGAGCCAGUAAGAGAGCCAGAACCAGUGAAAGAGUCAGAGGCAGUGAAAGAGCCAGAACGAAUAACAGCGACAGAGCCAAUACCAACGCUAUUAGCCACGCAGGCGGCAUUGGCAAUACCAGCAUCAAAAGCAGCACCAGCAGCAAUAGCGGCCGCAGAGGCUGUAUCAACACCAACUAGCAAAUCAACAGCUCAAAUCUUGAAUGUUAAUCAUAUGUUACAAACUUCAAUCGAGAGUAUCUCUGAUUCUAAGCCGUCCAGCAACGAGUAAAAGUGAUUUAAUUAUAAUUAAAUUUUGCAAUUUUUUAUGCUCAAAAUUUUCGAGUCUCAACAUGCCCAAGGUUAUUUUCUCAUCUUUCAAAUAAAAA